AUGUCGGCAGAUCCCUGCUUCACUAGACUGGAAACCACCGCGCUUUUCCAGUCCGCUCCCAAAGCAAAGCAGACCGGGGCUGGUCUGCCAAGGCGGCGGCAGGCUCGCCCCUUCCCGGGGCACCUUGGACGUCCGGGUGCGAAGGAAACCAGAGGCCGGGAAGGGCCACCGGCUCCCGACCUCGCGGAAGCUCCCAGACCCGGAGCCGCAGACCCAGGACAGCUCGCCGCUCGGCUCGGCUCGGCCCGCCCGCCUCCCGCCUCCCCGGCACCCACCCGGGCAAAUCACCCUCCAAACGCUGUGCCUACUCAGCUCGGGCCGAGCUCCGCCGCCGAAACACGCAGAAAACCCACCUCCGGUCCGCGACGCGUCCGGCUCCACACCCCCCCGCCUCUCCAGGGUAACCGGGCGACUACUGUCAGAAUCCGACACCCCCCCGACUUCCGCUUCCGGCAAGCGACGCACCGGCGGGCCCGUCAGAUCUCGCGAUAUCUAGGGCGCCGCGUGGGGCGCUCCCGCAGCUUUUCGGGUGGUGGUGCGAAGGUCGGCGCGCGCCCGGCGUGCCGGCCUCCAGGGCGCUGGACACCCACCUGGCACCCGUGUAGAAGUCGUCCCCGUAUAUUAGUUCCCCUUGAGUGGGAGCCGGUGACGCGUGGGGACGGAAGUCCUGGAAAUCUGCAGAGAAGGGAGGGAAAGGCCGCUUCCGGCCGCCUGCCCCCACGCGGGUCAGCGGAGGACGCGAGGCAAGCGAGGCCGCGGAGAGGGGAGCGAGCGGGUAACCUCAGCGGCGCGGCACCUCGGCCUCCUGCAGGGCGGGCCUCGGCUGGAAGAGGUCCACACUCCGUUUCCAACGUGUUUUCCCCAAACACGCCCCUCCCCCCUCCGGCGGCAGGCGCCAGCGCCCGGCUGCCCCCGCCCGGCUGCCCCCGAGUGCCCCGGCCACGUCCUCUCCCACCUUCCGCAGGUGCAUACAAGCUGCAUAUCCCAAACUAGCUCGGUCUCUUGCCUCCCGGCUACCUGCAGACUCUGCGCCCCUUUACGUGCCACCCCCAGCUUCCGGCGUGGGUGCCUGGAUGUCUGUAUGGGGUGCCAUUUACUGCCUUUCUGGCGCCCAGCAGUGACCGGGUUCUGCCAACUGGACCCCCGCAGGAGUUCUGACACCCGCCCAGGCGCCCUGCUGCUUCCACCUGAUCGGAGUCCCCGUGAUGGUCCCCCGAACGGCGGGAAGGCAGUGCCUUUCCCGGUGGCACCGCUCCUCCAGCACGGCCCCCUGUCGGCCCCUCUGGCAUUUCGGCUGCCAUAGCCUCCCUUUGACCUGGUGAUCUGGAAGCAAAACGCACCAGCAGAAGACCCUAAGGAAUCCUGGCAUCGAGAGAGCCCCGUGGCCGUGAGUGACCCGGGACAAUGACCAUUCCAGAGAUGGUGACACUGAGGUGCAAAGAAAGGGCAUAUCAUUCAUGCCAGGGCACAGCUGGUAAGUGGCAGCAGGGUUUUGGUCAAGUCUGUGCUACUUCAAAAGGCCUCGCUUUCUCCCCAGUGAAACACCGUUUUCUCCUU